GGGGUAUCUUAAAGGGAAUCUAGCACGGAUUUCGUACAGCAUCAUGUACCUCUAAUGUACGGCCUAAUACCUUAGGUAAAAGGUUGUACCAAUGUAAUUGUACCAGGAGCCCAGGUGCUUAGGUAUUCAUACACGUACCUAAUCCCUCGCCUUAUCAUACCUAUCCUCCUGCAUGUAUUUAGGUACCUACCUUAAAUAUUUCCAUCCACCUCUUCAACUUUUUUUUCGCGAUGCCUUUACAGAUCCCCCACCCAAACACUCCUUUACAUCUAUAUCGACAUCUACUUCGAGAAGCUACAUACCUUCCUCUACUCUGUCGACCUUGGAUAACCGAGCGCAUUCAAGCGCGCUUUCGCGAUUGUAAUGAAAAGCCGGAUCCCAAACCGUAUAUCAAAGAUGCUCACCACUACCUUCGAUACCUCCGUUCCGCAAACACGGGCCAUGUCAGCCGGAUGUUGCGCCUAUGCCACCUAGCUACCGGUAGGAUCGGCAAGCGACGCCGUAUUUUAGGCAGGACUGAGCUGUCCAGUGCCCCUGCGAGCAACUCUGAUAAGCUAGAAGAGAGGCUCGCUCUGGUCAAAGACAAGCAGCGAAAGCCUGACUGGUUAGACAAUUGGGCCGUAGACAAAAUCUUCGCCGUCGCCACCUCGCAAAACCAACUGCAAGGCAAAAACUUACCUUUUAACAUGCGCCGAACGAUCGACCCAAGCAAAACCAUCCCGAAAGAGAACUGUUUCGGCCGCCCGCUUACGGAGAAGUUAAAAAGAAACAAAUUAAAAAAACACUGGGUAUCAACUCUCCGCCAGUUACUGCCCCCAUUGCCCCGUGGGGAGUGGGAACAAUUAGGUGCUAUAGCAAGAGGUGAAGCCGACUCUCGGUAUUAUAAGAUGCCCCCGAGAAGGAAGGUCGCACAAUCGCUUUCGAUAGAUGAUGCCGCCCCGAAGCCAAGCUGGACCGAUUUCGUGACGAAGCCGAUCCGGGCUCUUGAGCGGGGAAAGUCACGGAAGAUGAAGAGCCUUAGUGGGCGCGAAGAUGAAGAUCCCCGGGGACACGGGCGACCCAUUGGCGUCAAAGUAUUAGGCCGAAGAAGACUACGUCGGAGUCUAUACGUUGGCGUCUGGCAAGCAUCGCCGAUCAUAGAGGAGAAUCCUCGGUCAGGCAAGUGGUCUGUAACCUGGGGCAAUACCGAGCAGUCGCUCACCCGUCCCCGGAAGAAAGAUCUUCAUUUCUUCCAAGGUAUCGAUAAAUUUGGCGUACCUGUGUAACCCGCGACCCGAGUAGCUACUAUUGAAUCCUUCGAGUUCCCUUGCUUCGCUAAUCUACGAGAUCUUCUGUG